ACUGCAUUUACCUACAUGGCAGCACUGUUCCCACCGCCGCCUAGUCCCAGAUUUGUCCUCCGAGGCACUCAGUCAGCUGUGAACACGCUGCACUUCUGCCCAGCACCCGGCGCUGCAGAGAACCCACUCCUUUUCUCAGGGUCUCAGAAUGGCCUAGUGCACAUCUGGAGCCUACAGACAAGAAGAAUAGUUGCCACUCUAAAUGGCCACGGGGGCCAGGGUGUAACCUGGCUGAAGACACUGCCGCAGGGACAGCAGCUCCUCAGCCAGGGCCGGGACCCGCGGCUGUGCCUGUGGGAUCUGGCAGAGGGCAGGAACACCGUCAUGGACUCAGUUCAGCUGGACAGUGUGGGCUUCUGCAAGAGUUCCAUCUUGGUCAGGGGACAGCUGUGCUGGAUGCUUGCUGUGCCAGGGAAGGGCAGCGAUGAGGUUCAGAUUCUGGAGAUGCCAUCCAAGACGUCAGUGUGCACCCUGAAGCCGGAGGCAGAUGCCAAGCCAGGCAUGCCCAUGUGCCUGGGGCUGUGGCAGACUAACUCCAGUCUCCGCCCCCUCCUUCUGGCUGGCUAUGAGGAUGGAUCGGUAACCCUGUGGGACGUCUCAGAGCGGAAGGUGUGCAGCCAAAUCACCUGCCAUGAAGAGCCUGUCAUGGGCCUUGACUUCGACUCUCAGAAGGCCAAGGGCGUCUCGGGCUCGGCCGGGAAGGUGCUGGCCGUCUGGCGUCUGGACGAUCAGCAGUCCCUGCAGGUGAAGAAGACCCAUGAGCUCAUCAAUCCUGGAAUUGCCGAGGUCACCCUCCGUCCAGAUCACAGGCUCUUCGCCACAGCAGGCUGGGACCACCGCAUCCGUGUGUUUCACUGGAGGACAGUUAAGCCACUGGCUGUCCUGGCUUUCCACAGCGCUCCUGUGCACUGCGUGGCCUUUGCCGCUGAUGGCUUGCUUGCUGCAGGGUCCAAGGACCAGCGAAUCAGUGUCUGGUCACUCUACCCCUGCCCGUGACUUAGCUGUGGGGCACUGCUGUCUUACUCCAGUCUUGACCCAGCACAGUGGAAGACCCUCAGGUCCCUCCAAGGACAGCAAACUGUGGCCAAAGGUCUGUGGGAUCCACUUUCUCUGUGAGGUUCCCUGUUCCUUUUGUGACUGUCGUUCAGAUGAUAGACACCUGGCACCUAUCCCUUGGUAACAGGCAUAGCUUACACCUGGUAGGGCCAGACUAAAGAUAUUUGACAAUAAAUUUCCCAUUGCCAACCUGAA